UGUGGAAGGAGGUUUGGGGGGGGUUCCCCUUGGCUGGAGCAUCUUUGGGGGGGGGAUUUUGGGGGCGCUUACGCUGUGAGGGGAAGGGGGUUUAACCCCUCGCCCCAUCUGGGGUCGCUGUACAAGGUGGGUUUGAAUUCCAUGUGUUUAGGGUAGUUCUGAAAAGGGGUUUAGGGAGGAUUUAAACUUUCCCCCCCCCAUUUAGGAUAGCUCUAAAAGUGAAUUUGGGGGGGUUCGCCCCCUUUUGGGGUGGCCCUGUAAAGGGGUUUUAAGAAGGUUUGGUUCCCUCCCUACUCCGGGUCUCUCUGUUUGAACCCCCCACCCAUCCCAUUUAGAGUAACUCUUAUAGGUGGACUUUGUAGGGGUUUAAACACCCCCCCUAUUUAGGGGAAUUUGAGGGGUUAAACUCCCUCUUUCCCUUAUCCAGAGCAGCUCUUCCAAGCGGAUUUUGGGGAGGUUUAAACAUCCCCCAUUUAGGGUCUGGUGGGAUUUAACAUCCCCCUUCCUGGGGUAGCUUUAUGAAGGGGGUUUGUGUCCCCUCUUUUCCCUAAAUUAUUUCUGCUCGGAGGGAAGCUGUGGGCUCACAUCUGGCCAGAUGUUGAGUGCAGGGGGCUUUGCAACAGAGCAGAGCAGGGCUUAAACCCCCCAGUUAGGACAGGCCUGGGAUCUGGACCCCGGUGGGACUAAAGGAGGGGUCACCGAGCCCCCAAACCCCCCCCUGUGAGCUCAAGCAGGAGCCCCCCAGCUCCAGCCCCCCCCCCCCCCCCAUUCCCAGCCUGUGGAUGUUGCAUCCCUGGAGAUGAUGCCCCCCGAGGAGGAGAGCCCGGAUGGGGACAGGGACGGUGGCCUUGUCCUCCUGCACGGCCCGAAGAGCGGCAGCACACGGAAGGGCUGUGACCCCUUCGCCCAGACCCAGCGCAGCAAACUCCAGCACCGCCGGGCCCGGAUCAACCAACAGAUCAACAAGGAAAUGAGGAUGAGAGCGGGAGCAGAAAACCUCUUCCGGGCCACCAGCAACCACAAGGUGAAGGAAACGGUGGCUCUGGAGCUGAGCUACGUCAACUCCAACCUUCAGCUCCUGAAGGAAGAGCUGGAAGAGCUCAACAGCAGCAUGGACGUGUAUCAGAACGACAGGUUCUUGUCUUCUUCCAGUGAAUCCAUCAGCGUUCCCAUGAUCCCUCUGGGACUCAAGGAGACCAAGGAGCUGGAUUUGCUGGUACCACUCAAGGAUUUCAUCAGUGAACACUAUGGUGAGGAGGGUGUCCUGUUUGAAAAGGAAAUCAAGGAGUUCAUGGAUCUGCGACAGGCCAUGCGCACCCCGAGCCGCAACGAGGCCGGAUUGGAGCUCCUGAUGGAAUAUUACAACCAGCUCUACUUCCUUGACAGCCGGUUCUUCCCUCCCACCAAAACCCUGGGCGUCUUCUUCCACUGGUACGACUCCCUGACGGGGGUCCCAUCCCACCAGAGGGCUCUGGCCUUCGAGAAGGGAAGUGUCCUCUUCAACCUCGGAGCGCUGCACACCCAGAUCGGAGCGCGGCAGGACCGCGCCUCCCUGCCCGGCCUCAACCAGGCCAUCGAUGCCUUCCAGAAGGCAGCUGGUGCCUUUAACUACUUGAAGGAAAACUUCUCCAACGCUCCCAGCCUGGACAUGAGCGCGGCCUCCCUGACCAUGCUGGUGAGGCUGAUGGUGGCCCAGGUCCAGGAGUGUGUCUUUGAGAAGAUGACCUUGCUGCGUGCCCAGAACGACUUCCUGGCCCGCCUGCAGCUGGCUCAGGAGGCAGCACGGGUGGAAGAUGUUUAUUCCCUGGUGCACCAGACCAUGAGCCAGCCCCACGUCAAGGACUACGUUCCCUUCUCCUGGACCACCAUGGUCCAAGUCAAGUCGGAGCAUUUCAAAGCCCUCUCCCAUUAUUUCGCUGCCAUCGCCCUCUGCGACUGCCCCGCUCCCUCGGAUGCCGAGCUGCUGGAGCAGGAGAAGGCCUUCCUGCAAUUCCAUGUCACCAUGCCGGAGGGGCCGUCACUUCGUGUCCUGCUGCAGGAUCCCGAGGAGAGGAGGAAGCUGGGCAAAGCUCACCUCAAAAAAGCCAUCAUGAAGCACGAGGAGGCCAUGAGGAUCCAUGGAUUGUGCAAGAUCCUAAGGAAGAUGGAUAUCCUGCAGGAGGUCCUGUCCUUCGCCCACAAACGCUCCCUGAGCAAAUAUUCCGAGAUCGACCACGAGGAGGAUUUCUUUGAGACAGGAGAGGCUCCGGACAUCCAUCCCAAAACACACCAGAAACCUGAAAUCAAAUCCCCCAACUUCUCCCAGGUGAAGGUGACCGACCUCUUCCACAGGCUGGGCCCCCUCUCCGUGUUCUCAGCCAAGAACAAGUGGUAUCCAGCUCGGAGAGUCCACCUGAUGAGAGGAGAGAACGGCUUUGGAUUCACCCUGCGAGGAGACUCCCCCGUCCUCAUUGCCGGGGUCAUCCCGGGGGGCUGCGCUGCUGAAGCUGGGCUGAAGGAGGGAGACUACAUCAUCUCUGUGAAUGGCAAGGACUGCAAGUGGUCCAAGCACGCCGAGGUUGUCCAGCUGCUGAAGAGCACCGGGAAGGAGGGGGUGGACAUCGGAGUCAUCACCCUGCAGGGCUCGGAAUGUCCCAAAGCUGUGGACAGGAAGGCAGCAGUGAUGUCCUCGGGAUCUGGGAUGCUGAAGAGCAACAAGGAGAACAGCAGGAAGAGCCUGAUGAACAGCAAGAGCGCCAGCACGCUGCUGGUGUGGAGCAAGAAGAGCAAGAGGAGCAAGAAGAGCACUUACAGUGGUGUCCCCUUCACCGCCGUGGGGGACAACGAGGCCAUGUACUGACCGUGCUCCACGGUGUCCCCUGAGCUCCAGGACUGGCUGCCUGGGAAGCUUCCCAAGCCUGGCUGGGCUGCGAGGACUCCCAGACCCGGGAAUGCGCCGCUGGUCGGAUCCGCGCCGAGAGGUGAGCGAGGCACCUCAACCUCCCAGCUCCUGCGUCCAACGAUCCCCUCAGUCUGGGAGAAACUCGGGUUUAUUGUUAAUUUUGGGAUUUUUUUUUUAUUUUUUUUGCUCUCAAGGGGGUCGGGGGGAGCUGUGCUAAAGCAGGGCCCGGUUUGUGUCUUCUGCUUGGCCAAAGCCAGCCCCAGCCAUUAAAGCAAAAGUGUCACCUUCUGUAGCAUCUCCUGGGCUUUCUCUGCGAGGUACAAGAUGGAGCUGCUCUCCAAGAGCUGCUGCAGGAGCUGAAUCCUUCAGCUGAAUCCUUCCAGACUUCCAUUUUUUGGGAGAGGGGACAGCACGGGCAUCGAUGGCUUGCAGUGAUCCCAUCACAGGGUCCAGUCCAGGCAGCAUCUCCCAGGUGGGGCUAUCCCGACAAAGUAGGAUGGUUUGACCAUUUUUAGUGCUUUUGGGGUGUUUUUUUUUGGGGAAUGAACCCCCAGCUUGACUCAGAAAAUCCAGCCUAGCUGCCCAGCUGGAUUCUUUGGAAGAAAAGGGAAGGACUUAACGUGCAGUUGUUGUCUGGCUUUUUUAAUCAGGAGACGUGGAUUGCCCUAAAUAUUCUGUGAGGAGAUUAAUAGCUAAGAGCCUUGGGGGGGUUUAUUUUUCCUGGGAGGAGAUUAAAAUUCCAGGAAGAUAUCUCCUCCAGAUUAUUAAACUCCUAAAUUUUUUGCUACUGUUGGAUCUUGCACAUGUUGCUAAUUCCCUAACACUGCUGUCAGCAUUCCUGGGCUGGCCUGAUGGAUCCAGGCAUCUUGGUAAUUGUCCUAGAAACACUGGGAGACUCUGAAUCCACAAAACAGAUUGGCAAAAUUUCCUCCAUCCUGUUUCUGCCUGGUGUGGGUUUUUUUUUUUCUGAAGGCUGAGGAGCUGUCUGGUCUUCAGUGCUUGGAUGAUCUUGGGAGGUAGAAAAUUCCCUCAGGAGAGAUGGGAUUGUAUUUUUGUACUUUUUAAGGAAUUUUUAGGUGUGGUUUAAAGGAGCAAUGGGAUCUUGUGGCCACAGUGUCCCCUGGGAUGGUGACUUCUUCUUAUAGCUCCUUGUCCAUUUUCCAAGCUCUUAACCAUGAUUUUAUUUAAGGAAAGCUUCCAGGAAAAAAAAAACAGGUUGGACAGGGUUGGAGCAACCUGGGAUGGUGGAAGUUGUCCCAUGGCAGGGGCUGGAACAGGAUGGGCUUUAAGAUCCCAUCCAAGCCAACCCAUCCUGGGAUUUUAUGAGCUCAAAGAGGGGUUCUUAGCUCUGCUGUUGGCCAAGAGGCCUCUCCAUAGCCUGAGGCAUCACCACGCCGGAUUCCGGAUCCGCCUUCCAGCAUGGGGCCAUCUGUAGCAGCCAGGCUUCCCACGUCAUCUUCCCGGCUGCUUGGCGUGGGAGCGGGAAGGAAAGGAGGGGGUGGGGUCACAGAAAAGGCCACCUUGCCCUUAAAACAUCCUGGCAGCAUCUUCCCACCAUCCUAAAAACGUGGGAUGCCACCAUGGACGUCUCUGAGCUGCAGAGGGAUUUAUUUAGGAGAAGCCGUCGCCUUCCGCCCGCAUCACCCAACCCCAGCAUUAUGGGUUGUGUUUUGUGGGAUUGGGACCAUUUCCCUAAUUCCAGGGUUUUAUGUCGGGCUUGUUUUGGGUUUUGUGUUGGUUUUUUUUUUGUUUUUUUUUUUUUUAAUUUGUACAUGGAUUCUCACCUUUUAUGGAUUAAAAAGCACUGAUUCAAAUCCAGUUUGUAGCACUUUUGUUGGGAAUCACAGGUGCACCACCCAUGACGGGAAACAAGCCCCGGCUGAUCCUCCUGAAGAGACAAUUUUGGGUCAUUUUUACACAAAUCUGGAGCUGUUGAGACUGGGAGAAAUCCUUUGGAUCCAGGAUGGGCUGCUCCAAGGAAAACCCAAGGUCCCCAAGCAUCCAAAUGAAAUUUGGUGAGCGGUGGUCUCCAUCUCCAGGGGGAUGCAAUGGGAGAUGGUGGCUUCGUCACAUGAAUUCAUGGAAAUUUUGUGGGAAGAGGAGGGUGGGGCUUAGGUUGGACCCCCUGGAGGCUUUUCCCCUGCAAAAAAAAAGUGGAUUGGUCAAGAAAGUAAUUUUUGCUUCACACAGCAGGUUUUAAACUGCAUUUUUGGUUCCAUAAAGGGUUUGUGAUCCCUUUUUUUUUUUUUUAAAGUUCAUCAAUUGGAAUUUAGGCUGGAAAGCAGUAAAUCCUUGGCAUGGGAACCUCUGUUUAUCCUUGGGACCUGGACACCACCUCUCCACCAUCCUGGGAGGAUUACCAAACCCAUGGAUUUGGGGCUGGAUUAUGGGAACAUGCAUCCCACAGGAGAAAGGAGGGUUUAAACCCCCUCAAACAGGAUAAAAAAAAGGCCAGGACUUCCAAAAUUCGAUUUAUUUAUGGAAUGUGGUGGGAGCUUUUUUUGUCCUGUCUACCAAGCCAGGGUUAAAACAGCAUCCAGCUUUUUUGAGGGGGACAUAAUUUUGGAAUUUAAGGAGUUUCCCUUUCCAUCAGCCCUCCUGUGCCAUGUUUUGGAAGCCACCCACAGUGAAGUCGUUCUGCAGCAGAAGAUCCUUUUCCCACCCACGUUCAGUGGAUGCGGGAAACUCGUGACUCCGGAGCUGGGAUCACCUCCCCCUCUGGUGACGUGUGCUCAGAUGGGAUCUGUGCUCCAUCAGCAAGAGCCUGCUGCUCCUUCCCUCUUUCCUGAAAUCCACGGAGCUGGAUCUUUCCAAGCUUGUCUUUUCCAGCUUGACGAGGAAGCAGAGAGGUCCUGUAGGGUAAAAUGUGGUCAAAACCACAAAAAAAAAAAAAUAGGGCAAAAAUAACUUUACACUUACCAAGAAAUUGAGGUCUCUCUGUCCAUGCAGAGAGGAGCUCCAGGGGAAUCAGCAAACAAGGAAUAUUUGGAUAUCCUGGGCUGAGACCAGUUCAUGCAGCUCUUAUGACCAGAGAGGAGAUGGAAAGAGGAUUUUGGGUUUUUUUUUAAUCACUGUUGAUUUCCAGGGCCUUUGAGUCAAAAAAACAGCUUGGAAAUCCCAUCCUGGAGAGCCCAGCAAAACCACAGGGACUCUCCCAAAUUUCCUGAUUUUCCUCCUCUUGGAGCUUCACCCUCCGUAAUAAAAAUCUCCCAGCCCA